CCACUGGCGGUAGCUAACCCACGCUGUCUAUCUGAUGCCACAGAAUCGCAUUCGGAUGCUGAUCAGCUUGUCGACCACGCGAAACGCCGUAUCGCUAGCGGCGGCGGGCGUGUUGGGUCUGCUUGGUGGCGGCCUGACUUCGCGGGCGGAGCAGUCAACGGCGCUGGCGGACGCGGGCAAUGAGGCAGUGGUGAAGGGCCAGACGGGCGAGUGGUAUCCUAACACGACGACCAAACACUGGCACUUCUACAAGGGUAAGAUGAACCCCAGCGCCGCCAAGUCUAUGAAGCUGUUCAAGGUGGCUGACACGCCCAUUGCGGAUGAGAUCGCCAACUACUUGGGUGUUGAACUCAACGAUAUGGAAGUCAAAAACUUUAACGACGGAGAAACAAGCGUUAUCGUCAAAGAAAACGUACGCGGCAAGCGCGUCUACAUCGUCAGCUCCACGACUACGGUGGAUCGUCUGAUGGAGCUACUGUUGGCCACCUCGGCUAUGCGUCGCGCCUCGGCCAAGAGUAUCACAGCUGUGAUCCCGUUCUACGGCUACGCGCGCAUGGAUCUUAUGCACAAGGGUCGAGAGCCGAUUGCUGCUGCGGACAUUGCCCGUAUGCUCGAGACCAUGGGCGUGGACCACGUUGUGUCGGUGGAUCUUCACAGUGCGCAGAUCGAGGGCUUCUUCAAGCCGCAAAUUCCGGUCGACAAUCUCCAGGCUUUUCCUGUUGGCGCCGUGUAUUUUUCGGAGCAGAGUGUGGGUGACCCGAUCGUCGUGGCGCCACACUCGGCUGCUGUAAACCGUGCGGUCAUAUUCCGUGACACUCUGUCGCGGACACUUGACGAGUUUGUGCCACUGGCAUUUGUGAUCCGCAAACACCAGCUCAAUGAGGACCAACCUGGCGAGCUUGUUGGUGAUGUAAAGGGAAAAGAUUGCAUCGUGGUGGACAACCUGGUGGACACUGGCUCGACGCUGGUUAAGACUGCCAAGGUACUGAAGGCCAAUGGAGCUAAGACCGUCUCGGCUUUUGCUGUGCAUGCUCGUUAUUCUGCUCAUGCCAUGGAAACGCUGCAGAGCUGCAAGGAGCUGGACAAACUGGUGACCACCAACACGAUCCCCGUCCACCUGAACGAGAUUUCGCAUAAGAUCGUGACGCUGUCGGUAGCUCCCUUCAUUGCUGAGGUAAUUUCGUGCAUCCACACGAAGGGCUCCAUCAUCCAGGUGUCUAAGACCAAGUAG